AUCGAAGCUUGCGCAUGACAAAUGAUGAUUCCUCGAAUGAGUGGCAAGUGAAGUCUGGAGAUAGCCAUGGAGCCAGCAUGGCGUCAACAGGGCAGAGGGAGGGGCAGGGGUCAGGCUAGGGCUCAAGCCCAACAGGAUGCUGAAACUCAGAGGUCCCAGAGAGAGAGAGGAGUUCAGCACAGCAGCUCCUGGCCAGAGAAGGGCAGAGGGGUAACCCCAUCAGCAGCACCCGAACCCCUGCCAAAGAAAGAGCUGUCAUCUCAGUCCAAGUUUGAGGAGAUCCGGAGGUCCAAUCAGGCGGCUGCUCAGAGGUUCACAGAGAGCCAGUUCAGCUCUUCCUCCGAUGAAGAGGAGGAUGAGGAACAGAAUGGAAAGCAUAUGAAGAUUGUGGCCUCCACAUUUACGACAUACACUCAUCAGACAGGUGGAGAUGCUACGGAUUUGGAGCGCACCAGGCAGUACUUGAACGAUGCCUUUCAGGCUGGGGCCAUUACCUGCCUCAUCUGCAUAGCCUCUGUGAAAAGGAAUCAGGCGGUGUGGAGCUGCUCUGGAUGUUACUGUAUCUUCCACAUCCCCUGCAUUCAAAAAUGGGCCAAAGACAGCGUUUUCCUUGUGUCCUCAGUAACAGAUGAUGACUUUGGUACAAAACAGCACCCAUGGCCAUGUCCUAAGUGCCGCUAUGAGUACAAACCCCAGCAGACACCCAACCGGUACUACUGCUACUGCGGCAAGGUGGAGGACCCACCCUUGGACCCUUGGCUGCUGCCGCACUCCUGUGGGCAGGUGUGCGACAGAGAAUACAAACCAGCAUGCGGACACAGGUGUCUGCUGCUCUGUCACCCGGGUCCAUGCCCUCCCUGCCCAAAGAUGGUGUCAGUGACUUGUCUUUGUAAAAAGGCCAAGCCGGUGCCCAGGCGCUGCAGUGCCAAGGCCUGGUCCUGCCAGCAGCGCUGUGGAAGAGUCCUGCCCUGUGGGCAGCACCCCUGUGAAAACUCAUGUCAUGCAGGGGACUGUGAGCCGUGCCCCCGGGUCAGCGUCCAGCGCUGUGUCUGUGGUAGAGAGGUGUCAGAGAGGCUGUGUGCCAGUCCUGUCUGGCACUGCGAACAGGUGUGUGGGAAACCUCUGCCAUGUGGGAACCACACAUGUGAACAGGUGUGUCACUCUGGGCCAUGUGGAGAGUGCCCUCGGUCAGGGAACAGGGCCUGCCCGUGUGGCAAGAACAAGUGCUCCCUGCCCUGCACUGAUGAUGUACCCACCUGUGGGGACACCUGUGACAAGGACCUGGAUUGUGGCCUUCACGCCUGCUCCAUGCGCUGUCACAGAGGGCCCUGUGAGACAUGCCGUCAGGAAGUGGAGAAGCAGUGCCGCUGUGGGAAGUACACCAAACACAUGCCGUGCCACAAGGAGUACCUCUGUGAGUCCAAGUGUCCCAAGACCCGCAGCUGCCAGCGCCACCAGUGCAAGAGGAAGUGCUGUCCAGGGAACUGCCCUCCGUGUGACCAGAACUGCGGUCGCACCCUGGGCUGCAGAAACCACAAGUGCCCCUCCGUCUGUCACCAGGGGAGCUGCUACCCGUGCCCGGAGACAGUUGAGGUGAAGUGCCAGUGUGGCGCCACAUCCCUGACUGUGCCCUGCGGGAGGGAGAGGAGCACCAGGCCCCCCAGGUGUAAAGAACUGUGCAGGAAGGCGCCAACGUGUCACCACCCCAGCCGGGAGAAGCACCGCUGCCACUUUGGAGCCUGCCCGGCCUGUCGGCAGCCCUGCCAGCGUGCCCUGGAGAAGUGCGGGCACGUCUGCCCCGCCCCCUGCCACGACGAGGUCAUGGUGAAGAAGACCGACCGGGCCCAGCUCGCAGGCCCCUGGGAGCAGCCGUUGGAACCAGCCUUCGAGCGCAAAGCCCUUCCCUGCCCUCCCUGCCAGGUCCCCAUCCCCACGGCCUGUCUUGGGAAACACGAGGUGAGUCCCGUGCCGUGUCACGCCUGCGGCCCCUUCUCCUGCGGCAGGCCGUGCGGCCGCCUCCUGGCCUGCGGCAACCACACGUGCAGCCGCGAGUGCCACAGUGUGACGCCGCCGGAUGGAACUGUUGACAAACAGCAGGCGGGCAGAGAGUGCCAGCGAUGCGAGGAGGGCUGCGGCCGCCCGCGCCCGCCGGGAUGCCCCCACCCCUGCACCCUGCCCUGCCACGCGGGGCCCUGCCCGCCCUGCACGCAGAUGGUCCGCCUGAAAUGCCACUGCCGAAUCACCUCGCUGUUCAUCGAGUGCCUGAAGAUGACCACUGCUGAUGAAGAGACAAAGAGGGUGCUUGGCUCUUGUAAGAACCAGUGUCCUAAGCAGCUGGCCUGCAGCCAUCGCUGCAAGGAGAUAUGCCACCCAGGUAACUGUGAGGAGAUCUGCAACCAAAAGGUCAAGCUCAAAUGCCCCUGCAAAAGAAUCAAAAAGGAAUACCCCUGCUCUAAAGUGCACCAAGACCAAGUCUCAGUGGUGUGUGAUGACGCAUGCGUGGCCUUGCAGAAAAAGGCUUCAGAGACAAGAGAGGCUGAAGAAAAAGCAUUGAUUGAGGAAGAGAGAAAGAAACAACAAGCAGAGCUGGAGGCCUUUGAGAAGAGGCUGAAAGGGCGACGUAAGAAGAACCGGAGGAACACAGAGGUGGAGGCUGAAGAGAGCGUCUGGCAGAAGUAUAAAAAAUACACCCUGGUGCCAGUGUGUGGUGUUGUGUUGGCAGUGGCCACUUUCUAUUUACUUCAGACCAGUUAAAAACACUCUCCUCCAGUGUGCCGACUGUGGCGUAUGCAACCUGAGAUGAUAAUCAUCAGAGUACUUGGAAUAAGCAAUUAGAAGGAUUAAUGCCCAAUCAGAUCUGGCUUUUCUAUUACAGUAUUUUAGGUUCAACAAUAAGGCUUUUAAAUACCUGCCUCUAACUGGAAAACUUCAUAAGUAGCACUAAUCUUGUCAAGUGCAAGUUUAAAGUGAACCCGAAAAUUUAUUUGAAGGGAGGGGAGGGUUGUAACAAUAUUACAGAUAAGUAAACCAUUUGUUAAAGCUUUCAUUACAUAAUACUGAAAGUUCUUGAUAAAACUACAGUAAUCUGACCAGAAAAAAAUAAUGUUUAAAGUCUAAGCAAUUAAAAAGGAGGGCAGCCUUGGUUUUGCCUUGGUAUAGAUAGUUAAUAGUUUGUAUGUUGA